UACAGGCAGCGGCAGGGUGCCGGACUAGCCGAAAUGAACUCCUUGGAACAGGCCGAAGACCUGAAGGCUUUUGAGAGAAGAUUGACAGAGUAUGUCUCCUGUUUGCAACCUGCUACAGGCAGGUGGAGAAUGAUUCUGAUUGUGGUGUCUGUUUGUACGGCUACUGGGGCGUGGAACUGGUUAAUAGACCCCGAUACACAGAAGGUCUCUUUCUUUUCAUCACUGUGGAAUCAUCCCUUCUUCACCAUCAGCUGCAUCACUCUUAUAGCUCUCUUCUUUGCUGGGAUACACAAACGAGUUGUGGCACCAUCUAUUAUUGCUGCCCGCUGUCGGACAGUUUUAGCAGAAUACAACAUGUCCUGUGACGAUACGGGAAAACUCAUUCUCAAACCACGACCAAACAUCCAGUAACCACAAGCUUCCAUGGGGUGGUCAGACAAUGUACCUGGUGUUUGUUGACAGCCACUGAUCACUCUGUGUCUUGAGUCCUUGGAUGGUCUGAACAACAUCAAAGGCAACCGCGCUGAGGCAGAUCUUCAUGAUGGGGGUGCAUUUGGACGAAAGAAGAAAUGAACUGAUUGGGCCUUUUAAUCGUGUCGCUGUGCUGAUGUCAACAUUGAAGCUGCUGAUCUUCUCACAUAGUCUGAUAUAUUUUACUCAUUCAGUGUGAGCUCAGUUGUGUGUAUUUCUGUUUCUAAUGCAUGUAUUUUAUCAAAAUGUUUCUAUUUUUAAAGUUCGUUGCCUAAUAAAUACUUAAGAG